AUGGAGGAAAAUACAAGAUUUUGGUGCAAAAUGAAGAUGAUGGUACCUGGGAACUAUCAGAGAGCUGUGAUGUACUACAGAAGGUGUUUUUUUGAAUACCACAAUAACAAAGGUGCAUUCUCCAGUAGAAAAGUUUGGAUUGGAUCAAAAAUGAAUCUCAUCCAACACUCCCACUUACCUGCUGCGGAUGAAUUUUCUCUUUCUGACAAUUUAUUUGGUGUACUAACAGAGCCAACAACAGGUCCUCUGGGGCAAAACCUAGAAGUGGAAGCAUACUCACAAUACAACAACACUCAGUUUCCUCAAGUUCAACCACAGAUUUCCUCCUCAUCCUAUUAUUCCAGCCUGGGUUUCUACCCCCAGCAGCCUGAGGAGUGGUACUCUCCUGGACUAUAUGAACUCAAGCCACUGCCCACGGAGACCCUCUACCAGGGAGAGACUGAGGUAGCAGAGAUUCCUGUGACAAAGAAGCCUCGAAUGGGCACGUCAGGCGGGAGAAUAAAAGAAGAUGAGCUAUGUGUUGUUUGUGGAGACAGAGCAUCCGGAUACCAUUAUAAUGCACUGACCUGUGAGGGGUGCAAAGGCUUGUUAACUGAAAUUCAGUGUAAAUCCAAACGACUGAGAAAAAACGUGAAGCAGCAUGCAGAUCAGACCUUUAAUGAAGACAGUGAAGGGCGUGACCUGCGACAAGUGACCUCGACCACUAAGUCAUGCAGGGAGAAAACUGAACUCACCCUGGAUCAACAGAAUCUUCUACAUUAUAUUAUGGAUUCAUAUAGCAAACAGAGGAUGCCUCAGGAAAUCACAAAUAAAAUUUUAAAAGAAGAAUUCAGUGCAGAAGAAAAUUUUCUCAUUUUAACUGAAAUGGCUACCAGUCAUGUACAGAUUCUUGUAGAAUUCACAAAAAAGCUACCAGGAUUUCAGACAUUGGACCAUGAAGAUCAGAUUGCUUUGCUGAAAGGGUCUGCAGUUGAAGCUAUGUUCCUCCGUUCAGCUGAGAUUUUCAAUAAGAAACUUCCAGCUGGGCAUGCUGACCUAUUGGAAGAGAGAAUCCGAAAGAGUGGUAUUUCUGAUGAAUACAUAACACCGAUGUUUAGUUUUUACAAAAGUGUGGCAGAAUUGAAAAUGACUCAAGAAGAGUAUGCUCUGCUUACAGCAAUUGUUAUUCUCUCUCCAGACAGACAAUACAUAAAGGACAGAGAGGCCGUAGAGAAGCUUCAGGAACCUCUGCUUGACGUGCUGCAGAAGCUGUGCAAGAUCCAUCAGCCUGAGAACCCCCAGCAUUUCGCCUGUCUCCUGGGCCGCCUGACAGAGUUGCGGACAUUCAACCACCACCACGCGGAGAUGCUGAUGUCCUGGCGCGUCAAUGACCACAAGUUCACGCCGCUUCUCUGCGAAAUCUGGGAUGUGCAGUGAGGAGCACCCAGGGGCGGGGCCGGCCCUCUGUUUUCCUCCUAUCAUAAAGCCGAUGUGAAACUUCUCCUUCAUUUCAUUUGUGCCUGGUUUCACACAGGAAUUUUGACGAAUAUUUAUGCAGUAAUUAUAUAACUUCCACAAUUGUAAAUACGGGGCUAGGUAGAAUGACUUUCUCUACUUGUAUUUUACACGGCUUCAGGGAAUCUUUUCUUCUAAUUGGCAUGCCCUGUUUGCCUAACUAAAUCCUUACUUCCAUUCUAUUUGUUGAAAUAGGGAAAAAUCUCAGUUUGCUUUUCAUCUUCCCUUAUUGCAUAUAUUUUAUUAAACAGUUGUGUGCACUUUUGGCAAUAAACUGAACAUAAUGGCAACAGGCUUUUAUUUGAGAACAGAAAUUGAAAAAAUACACAAACUCUUAUUUCUUUAAAUGAUGAAUGACAUCCUAUUGAGCCCAAGGGGAUAAACUACAAAAGGAUAAACUCUCACAAUGCUAAUGCUACAUUUUUUCAUCCCUGGUGAAGCCCUGGUGAAUAUUCAUUCAUUUGUAGUAGUCCUCUGAUCAUUUCAUUUUCUUUGAAGUUCAAAGAGAAUAACAUGCAGAAAAAUGAUUAUCAUAUAAAAUAUUCCCCAAGCAUAUUAGUUAUGCUUUUAGCGGGACUACUUCCCGUAGUCGAGUCUUGAGGCAGCAUUUACAAAUUCAGAGUAUGCAGAGAGCUCCAGUGAUGGGACAGCCCUUUUCUCUAUCGAAAGUGCUCACUGUGGGUUUCAGUGCAUAUAAUUAAUCAUUUUGUUUUGUUUGCUUUUGGAAAACACUCCUUCAGCCUGGUGCACAGCUAUUGUAUACUUCCCCCCAAAGCAGGAAUUAGUUCAUUUCCUUCCUUCAUUGUUAUACUAUUGCAUUCUCCCUCCCAUUAUCCUUUGGUGAAUACAAUAAAACACCUUCUAUAAGUAAUGGGCUUAUAUCUCCCUUUCUCCUGAAGUCAGCCAAAAUGGAGCUUGCUUAGCAAGAGAAGGUCUUCUUUUUGUAUUACAAUACUAGGGCGACCCUGACGUCCUAAACAUAGCCGGUCAGUGGAAAAGGGAGUGAGUUGGGGUUCCAUCUGCUACAACAACAACUUGAAUCCCUACUAAGUACAAGAUUCUUUCGCUGAACUCCAUGGGGGAGUCCAAAGAUGACUAAGACACAGUGAUUGCCUGGAGGGGCUUACAAAGACGCACAGAGGAAUGUUGUAUGGACUCAGCAGGGAAAGUCACCUGGGAGAGGGGGCGCUUCCCUGGGCUGCGAAGGAUGGCCAGGUCUUGCAUGGGUCAAAGUAAGAAGGAAGGGUAUUUAAAGUGAAAAGGGGAAGUGGGAGGAGGGGCAGGAGCAAAAGGAGGGAGGCGGGGAGUUGUCCAGAUGUUAAAAGACCACAAGUGAUCUAGGGGACGGAGAGAUAGGGUGCACAGUCCCUUUCCAAGCCUCUGUCUUACCAUUGCAACAUGAAGGCAUCAGCACCUGCCAUCUAAGGAGGUUUAGCUGAUGAGUGAAGAGUAAGUGGGAAGUUGCAAGCCCACCAGUGGAGAAAGGACAUUUAAAACAGAGAAUUAAACUUCCGGAAUGCCUGAAGGAGUAGAUCUCAUUUGAGGAACUGAGUGUGGUGUCUAGAUCACAAGUCAUCUGUGGGGAAUGUGGUGGGAAAUGAGCUGGAACUGAGGGGCCACUGUGGACAUACGGAGCGAGGAGUUGAUCCUAUUCGUCUGGAUUUAUUCAAGUGGUCAAGACCUUAUAAGAGCAAAUAAUCUUCUCGUGGGGAAAACUGAUUGCGAUACAAUAAGAAAUAUAUUUUUGGUCUUUGCCCCCAGUUUCUGACAUGGAGCAUCUAAAACCCUUGGAAUUUCCUAAGUAGAUAGGACCAUCUUUCAUUAUUCAUAACAAGCUCUUUUUGACUAUAUCUGUGUUUAUGCUAAUAGGAUAACUAUUGGUGGAACUCUACAUUCUUUUGGAUGGGAGCUGAC